AUGAAUGGCAAGAAGGGUAGUAUAAGGAUAGAUAUUUGCCAGCCAUCAAAAAGCGUGGAGCAAGAAAGUGUAAAGAAGCAGAUCAGUGAGAAAGGCCAGUCCCCAAGUAAAAGGCUAUGUGAUGUCUGGGACUUCGCUAGGCAGGACACAAACAGGGUUACCUUUGCACUCAAAGUUGGCCUUGCUUGCCUCCUUGUGUCACUUCUCAUACUCUUUCGUGCGCCCUAUGACAUCUUUGGGACUAACAUCAUAUGGUCCAUCCUCACUGUUGCUAUUAUGUUCGAGUACACUAUCGGUGCAACAUUCAAUCGUGGAUUCAAUCGAGCUCUUGGAAGUGUACUUGCUGGAGUAUUUGCGAUAGUCAUUAUUCAAGUGGCUGUGUCUUGUGGCCACACUGCAGAACCAUACAUCAUUGGUUUCAGCAUCUUUCUUGUUGGAGCUGCAACAUCCUUUAUGAAGUUAUGGCCAUCACUAAUUCCAUACGAGUAUGGUUUCCGAGUUAUCCUAUUCACCUACUGCUUGAUCAUUGCAUCGGGAUACCGUAUGGGAAACCCCAUCAGGACUGCAAUGGAUAGACUCUACUCAAUUGCAAUUGGAGCCCUCAUAGCUGUUCUUGUGAAUGUCACCAUUUACCCAAUCUGGGCAGGGGAACAACUACACAUGGAGUUAGUUGCCAAUUUCAGUUCUCUGGCAGACUCGUUAGAAGAGUGCGUCAAAAAGUAUCUAAGUGGCGACGUUUCCGAACAUCCUGAUUUCUCAACGACAGUCAUGGAUGACUUCCCUGAUGAACCAGCAUUCAGGAAGUGCCGAGCUAUGUUAAAUUCAUCAGCAAAACUUGACUCGCUGGCGAACUCUGCUAAGUGGGAGCCACCACAUGGGAGAUUCAAACACUUCUUCUACCCAUGGGCAGAAUAUGUGAAAGUUGGCAAUGUUCUUCAGUACUGUGCCUAUGAGGUGAUGGCUUUACAUGGCUGCCUGCACUCAGAGAUUCAGGCACCAUACAACCUAAGAUGUGCUUUCCGCUCUGAGAUCUUAGAUGCCACAAACCAAGCUGCAGAGUUGCUGCACAGUUUGGCAAAGGAUGUAAACAACAUGAAGUCGAGCCUUCAAACAAGCCUACUCAAGCAUGUGCAUGUCUCAACUGAGCGUCUGCAACAAUCAAUUGACCUGCAGUCCUACCUCUUUACUGUAAAUGAUGAAGCCAACUCUGCCAAGCCACAGUUGAAAACCUCCUGGGCUGUCACUUUCAACCUCAACAGCAAACAAAAUGAUGACCCAGAAAGUAAGAUGGCUGAAAACAUAGCAACACAAGUAGCUGGGCCACUGCAACCUGAAUCCUACCAUGAGAUGAUGAAAAGGCAGCAGAGGAGGCUGCAUUCAUGGCCUUCUCGGGAGGUGGAUGAUUUUGAAGAUGAUGAAAAUGACGUUUCUGAUAUGAUUCCGAGGAUGCGUGCACUUGAAAGUACCACAGCGCUGUCGCUUGCGACUUUCGCAUCGCUACUGAUUGAAUUCGUUGCUAGGCUUGAUCAUUUGGUUGAAGCUGUUGAGAAGCUCUCCCAGAUGGCCAGGUUCAAGCAGCAGACUGGAACCUAACCAUUGAAUGCCACAAACAAAUUAAUGAUUAGCAAACCUACAGGUUAUAGAACAAAGUGUUUACUCAUCUACCACAGUACCUAUUGACCCAAAAGUGUUUUUACUCUUUCAUAUGCUAGAAAGGGGAAAGGUGUGUUUAGUUACUAUUGCUCGUCAGUGGAUCUAGCAAAUGUAAUAGAGAAUACACUCGUAAUCUAUUCUCAUUAAAUGACACUCCAGUACUUGAUUAAUAUUAUAUGAAUAGUCAGCAUCAUUUAUUUCUCUGUAGUCAUUAGUAGUGAAAUGAAGUGGGGCUUUAACAUACAUACAUCUGACAGUGGUCAGAAUUACGCUGCCGAUCAACCAAAUUGUAUGGAAUGAGCUUUUCACACUUCUUCUCUGUUAAAACUUAAUUUCCUCUUGCUGAUUGAGCUUAUCAUCACCAACUCACCAAGUGCAUUUGCCUUUCAGCUAAACACAGUCGAAGCAAAUUCGACACGCUAUCAGACUGCAUAAAUAAUGUUAGGAAUUAGCUCUGCUCGCUGUUCAUCCUACAUAGUGCGUACUAUCAAAUCCAGAACACUAAAGAACAGUGCAUAGCAUCGGCGUGCAAAAGCAACCUCCAUCAUCCUAUCUACCCAGCGGCACCAAUAAGCCCGGAGGACACAGCCAGGGUCGUCCAAUCCAAGCAAAGACAGAUAACGGUAGCUACAUCCUUCCUUGACCAGUCAUUCAGUCAAGCAAACCUUUUCGCCGUGGUGCACGGAAGAAAACGCACGCCAGUACAAACCAAACUAAGCAAACUACA